AUGCUUGAUGGCCACUUGCAGCCCAUGACGCCUGUGGCGUUCGCGGGCCUGGGGCUUCUCUUGCUAUGCUGGGCGUUCCUACACCAGUCACGGGUAUACUACCGUCUCCGCCACUUCCCCGGUCCCUUCGUCGCCCGUUUCACGAACCUACAGCGUGUCUCCUGGGUACAAACCGCACGAUCUCAUGAGAUCCAUGCGCAAAUGCACAAACGCUAUGGCGACUUUGUGCGGAUGGGACCGAACAUGGUCUCCAUUUCCGACCCAAAUCUGAUUCCGGCCGUGUAUCCCAUCCGGCCGGGGGUUCCAAAAGGCAACUUCUAUCGAUCUCUCAUGCCCUACUCGCGCCAGGGGGCGGCGCUGCCACUCGUCUUCAAUACCCGGGACGAGGCCCUCCACAAGAAGAUGAAGAAGCCCAUCGCGCCGAUAUUCUCUCUUUCCAAUGUGCUCACUUUUGAGAAGUUUGUUGACCAGAUCCUCGAGCUGCUGUUCACCCAGCUGGACCAGCGGUUUGCCGGGCGUGAAACCCCAUUCGACCUCGGCGACUGGCUGCAGUUCUUCGCGUUCGAAGUUAUGGGCACCAUGACCUUCUCGCGCCAGUAUGGCUUUCUCGAGAAAGGGUGUGACGGUAACGGCCUGCUGGGCGCCAUCUGGGAUUUCAUGCAGACGGCCGCGCCGGUGAGGGCCCUGACCUCCCUCGCUUUUGCUAGAGGUUACUGA